UAUAUGACUUGUGAUAAUUUCUAAUAUAAAACUAUAUGAGACAUCAAAUUAUCUGAUUAUUGAUCUUAUCAGAAAAAGCUUGUUAUCUCUAGUUCUAUAGCAGUAUUAAGUAUCUGUCCAAUGUGAACCUGUCAAUAUGAAUACUUUGAAGUUAAUCAUAUUUUUAAUAUGCUGUGUGUGGUUUGCUUUAGGACUUGAUAAAUCAAGACCAUAUUGUUUUCGAUUUACUUGGCCAGGACCAAUACCUUAUAAAGAUUCUUUAAAUACUACUUGUACAAAAGGUAGAUAUAAUGGAGUGCCAUGUGUAGAUCCACUAAUCUAUGAUGCAUCGGGUCCACCAAAUAUAACUAAAAUAUGGAAUCAUGAUAUUAAUAUUGAUGAUAAAGACAUUGUUUCAAAUACAAGUGUAUGUGUUUUACAAAAAGGCUUUGCAUGUAUUAAAUAUUCUAAUAUUUACAACAAUGCAGUUAUAUACAUGUCCCAUUAUUGUGGGAGAAUAAUUGAAGACAAAACAAUAGCUGUUACAUCAGGAUGUUUUAAUUACCAAGUUGAUGCUCAUAUAAUCGAAGUUUGUGCUUGUCAAUCUGCACCAGGACAGAAACCAUGUAAUACAGCAACAAAACAGAUUGCAUCUAUUUUAAUAUUACUUCCCAGUAUAAUAAUAAUAUUUUUUUAUCAUUUUCAUAAUAACUAUUAGAUAGCACAAUAACAUUUAAAACAUAUAAAACAUCUACAUAUAUGUUAUAAUUUUAAUUAUCAAUAAAUUAAAAAGAUAAAAUAUAUAAUAAUAAUCAUCAAAA